UACCUGUUUAUUUAUCUUAGCGGAUGAGUAUUAUCCGUUCAAAAUUUUUUAAGAAAAAACAUUGUCCAAACCCGAUCAUUUUUGAGUAGGAUGGAUGGAACCUGGCGGAUAGCCUAGCUCUGAACGGCUAUAGGCCUAUAGCCCGCAGCACCAAUGUCGCGGGAUUGCGAGUUUUAAAAAUUUCCCCAAAUUAGAAACCCUAGUUUUGGUCACCUCUCAAUUUCUUCUUCCUCCUUUCUACUAUGCUAUCUCUCUGUUAAUCAAUCGGAGAAACCUAGAUGAAUCCGUUAACGUUAGUGAAAAGGAUUCAAAGUAUUAAUGCGAAGGAAGCUGAUUUAGGGAUUUCAGAUGAUGCAUCAUGGCACGCCAAAUACAAAGAUUCCGCUUACGUUUUUGUCGGUGGAAUUCCUUACGAUCUCACUGAAGGAGAUCUUCUCGCCGUGUUUGCUCAAUAUGGUGAAAUCGUCGAUGUUAAUUUAGUUAGAGACAAAGCCACUGGAAAAUCAAAAGGUUUUGCUUUUAUUGCAUAUGAGGAUCAAAGAAGUACUACAUUAGCUGUAGAUAAUUUGAAUGGUGCAUCCUUAGGCGGUAGAAUCAUUAGGGUUGACCAUGUUGCCAAGUAUAAAAAGAAAGAAGAGGAGGAUGAAGAGACGGAGAGGCAGAAGAGGGAAGAACGAGGCGUUUGUCGUGCGUUCCAGAGAGGCGAUUGUAAAUAUGGUGAUUCAUGCAAAUUUUCUCAUGAUGAGCAAAGAGCUGCCGAUACUGGGUGGGGUCCAGAGCAGGAUAGAAGUGCCAAGUGGGCAAAUGAUAAAUUUGACAAUUCAAUGGACAACAAAAGACAACGUGCAAUUCCAUCUAGUCAUGGUCCAGACCGGAAACAGUAUGAUGCUUAUGGAGGAAGAAGUUCUAGAGGAACGGAUAACAUUGAAACCGCCCAAAAGCAAAAUAAAGAUGGUUCUAGUGAUCUUCAGGAUACCAGACACAAGGGCAAACGAUCAGAAUAUACAGAAGGUCGUGACAGGCGGACAGUUGAAAGAAGUUCAUCAAGGUUUGAAUCUGAAUCAAAAUCGAGAGAUGGUCCUGACAGGCAGGAAGAUAAAAGGUCAAGGAGGACUGAUUCACAACCUUUUUUGAGGGAAACUCGAGAUGAAAAAGAAAAAGACAAGGACAGGAACAGAGACACAGGAAGAAGCAGAGACACAGACACAGACAGAAGCAGGGACAGAGACACAGACAGAAGCAGAGACCGAGACACUGGCAGAAGCAGAGACCGAGACGCUGAUAGAAGCAAAGACAUAGACAAAGUCAGGGAUAGGGAUAGGGAUAAGCGAUCAUCCUACACGAGGGAUGCCUCUUCUAAACAUUAUAGAGAUGAUGAGCACUGUCGAGCCAAACGUGAUGAGGACUAUAGAUCUCGUAGAUGAUGAAGCGCUUUUAGCUGUGUGGGCUCCUAAAAACCAUUAGUUUCUACUCCAGCUUGCCGCUUUACUACCAAGCAAGUUUCCAAAAGGCAAAUAUCUGCUCAAAACCAUACCUGUCCUGUAAUGAGAGAAGAUCAUGUCUGUUAAUACUUGAUCUACAUAUUGUACUGUUGAUUGAUUAGCUUUUUCCCUAACAUGUUGGGAUAGCAGUCGCAUAUUCAUAGCAACUGACUCUUUAAAAUGUUUUCUUCUCUUAGUCCCAUCUCUAUUCUCAAGUGAUUUCCUUUUCAUA